AUGCUGCAGAUCAAGAUGCUCUCUGGGGAAGCUGUGGCGAGCCUACCUGUGGAGGAGAUUAAUGAUGUGAGAGGCCUGAAGCAGAAGUUGAUCGAGCUGCAUGGCAUGCCCCCACGAUUUAGGCAGAGGAUUCUUCUGAAUGGCGAGAGUUUGGAGGACACUGUGAAGCUGGACCGCCCGAUGGACCUGGAACUCGUCUUGCUGACCUUUGCGGACGUUUCUGAAGAAGCGGUGGAGGACUUGAACGAUGCUGCCAGGGAGGGCUCUGUGGCCAAGGUGCAGUCCAUGCUGCAGCUGCCACAAGAUCCAGACUUGCUCGAUAAGUUCGGCAGCACAGCUCUGCAUUGGGCAUCUCAUGAUGGUCAGGUGGUUGUAGUGCUACUGCUGCUUGAGGCGGGUUCCGACGUGAAUUUCGGCGCCGACGGCGGCAACGGCGACACAGCUUUAAUGAUGGCAUCUGAGGCACGUCAGGUCCAAGUCGUGCAGGUGCUGCUUGAGGCGUCUGCCGACGUGAAUUUGCCAGGCCGGCGCCGACGUGAAUUGUCGAGACGACGAGGGCGCCACAGCUUUGAUGACGGCAUCUUUCCGAGGGGAUGCCGAAACCGUGCGUGUGCUGCUAGCGGCCUCUUCUGA